AUGUCUGAUCCAGGCCGCAAGGAUUUCUCAACCAAAGCUAAGGAGGAAAUAACUCCUGAGUCGACCAAAUCUACUCAAGAGAAGAUUAAGGAGGCUGCCACAGACACUAAGGACCGCAUUGCUCGUGGUCUCCAGCCAGACGAAAAUAAAGGAAGUGCCCAGGAGGCCUUCGACAAGGGCCAGCGCUCCAGCGACAACCAGCAGGGUGGUGCUACUUCCACAAUUGGCGAUAAGGUGAAGACCGCUUUAGGGAUGGACAAGUAG